AUGGCAACACGAACGCGUCGUCCGCGAGGCCUCUCGGCCAACCACGUCAACGAGGAGGAGCGCCUGCAGACCAUCUUGAACGACAAGUCGGCGCUGUCGUGCAUUCGCCUGCUGGGCAAAGAGAACUGGGUCAAGGUGGACGAGCGGCCCAACUGCUUCUACUGCGCGCGCAAGUUCCGCCCCUUCUCGAUCAAACGCCAUUGCCGGUCUUGUGGCGAGAUCGUCUGCUCCAACUGCUACCGGCGGCGAAGAGUGAGUGUCACGCCGACCUUGGAAGUUACGGUGCGGCUCUGCUUUGACUGCAUUGACAAAGCCAUGUUGCUGGCUGAGAGCGAGCACCUCCGCAGUAGUGUUGCUGCCCGGGGCAAGCCACGAUACAUGACCGAAGACGACUGCAGGGAAGUAGACACCCAAACGAGCCUGUCGGACGGGAAAAAGACCUGCCGCGACAGCACGCAGACCGCCUGCACGACAAGCACGUCCCUCUGCAGUCGCUUUUCCGACCUCUCUGGCUCGGACAGCUGGAGCGACGUCAAUAGCGACACCAGUGACAGCUGCAGCUUCAACGGAAGUGGUGGGUCACUUACCGGUAGUCAGCGCAGUAGCCGUCGAGGACAGCCAGUGAUUUCAGCAACCACUCUGAUCGAGUUCCUUCCAGAAGACAAGCAGUUUGAGAUCUACGACGCCCAUAGACACGAGAUCCUGACACGAUUGAAUGUGCUCGACUCGGAGCCCGAGAAGGAAUACGACGCCCUGUGUGAGCUUGUCCGUCACGUAUUCGAGUGCGAUGUCGCGGCCGUGGCUUUCAUGGACCGGACGCAGCAAUGGUACAAGACUCGAUAUGGUAUCACCCAGACGGCGCUGCCGCGUGAGAUUGCGUUCUGCUCGCAAUUGCUGCAGACGUCGCUGCCGACCAUUGUCAUGGACGCGAGCGAAGACCCUCGAUUCAGCGAGAAUCCGCUCGUCACGGGCUCGGCCAACAUUCGAUUCUACGCCACUGCGCCGAUUUGCGACCCCAGCACUGGCAUCGUGAUCGGAUCGGUCUUUGUCAUGGACCCAAAGCCGAAGCACAAGCUACCGUCUCGCGCAAUGGAGGUACUGUCGUACGUGUCUUCCGCUGCGGAAAAGCUAGUGCAAGACAAAGCCGCUGCCCCUGUGCUUCCUCCCGUGAAGUACAGGCGUCAGUUGUCAGCUGGUCGCCGCACGCACCACGAGUCGCUACCAGCCUUCCGAGAUAGUCGAGCAGCUUCGCUUCAGAGCGUACCGGAGGAAAUUGAAGCCGGUGACUUCUGCACUACGCAGCCACGGUCAAACGCCUCGAGCAUGUCAUCGAACAGCAGCACAUCGAGCAGCCAGUGUAGCAGCUUGCGCUCGUCGGAGCCGAAGUCUCUCGUGUCUGCUCUGCAUUCGCAACAACCACAUUGCCAGCUUCUGAACUCGAACACGAGAUGGGCGUCUUCGGCCUCGACAGACUCGUGCAACACGUCAAGCUCGAAACUCAGUAUCACGGACCUGGUGUCGUCACGACCAAAGAGCUUUACACCGACGCCGCGAAAGAUCCUCGACUCGUCAUGCAUUGAGCUCUUCCAUCGCAUCGCUACUACCCAGCGGCUCCUGGCAAAGCAGCACGACACUUUAUUGGCACUCUUGGCCCAACCUUCCCCACACUCUAGCUCUACCGGGCAGACCGUAGACGAGAGCGAAGGCAUCUCGUCUGUGCAGCAACCACGUAGCCUGUCACGGUAUAUCGACUCAGUGGACCGACGACCAGUUGAUAUGUAG